UCUUGGCGUCAUUUGGGACUUGGUGGAGUAACAGCGACAGUUACACCUCUAUGGAGCGUGGAGGAAGAGAAAGAGGAGUUUUGGGGGUGAGUUUUAAAGAAAAACUACCAUGAAGGAUAAAAGAAAGUUUCGGGAGAAGGAGAGUUGAUGGUUUUCUUUAUAUGGGAUUUAUUUCUGGGGAAAGUGUGGAACUUUUUUUGUUUUAAAGAACGAUGGAAGUGUCCGUGUGUCUCCUGCUCAUUCUCUCGCUGUCUCUCGCCGGAUGUUUCGACCUGCACCUUUCGGACACUUUACACUCCGGAGCCGUUCUGCUGGAUUUAUCCCUCGGACCGGGUUGGACUUAUACACUAGAAAGGACUUUCACUUCUAAUCCGCUUGUAAAUGUUGUACAAGUGGACCGGCGUGACGGAGCGGUGAGUCUCGUGCGCGAGGUGAAGUGCACGCGCCUGGCGCGGAGUAACCCGGUACCGCUGAGGUUCAGGAUCCAGUCUUUAACGACUCGGGACUCUGUGGUCGCUCACGUCAACGUGUUCGUACACGGACAGGACUGCUUUAUUAAAUACAGGCGAAAGAGCGUGUUUAACGAGCCUGAUGUUCACGUCGAUUACCUUCACAGCCUGGGAAAGACUUCCUGCUUUUCUUCAGGUGCUCGGCUCGUGAACCUCGAGCACUAUGUACCUGCUUUCUCUCGGCGUCACGUGAGGGGGUUUUCGGAGCGCUCGUGCGUGUCGGACGGCUUGAACGUGUUUGUGCGUAAUGGCAGUGUGUUUGCUCGGGAUGAGACCUGUUUGGGACAGAGCACACAGAGGACUGUGACGUGUGUGCUGCACGGCUCUCAAGGAGCUCCAGUGUGUGUGCGCGUGACGCUGAAUUUGGAAACAACACCAAGGCCUGUUGAACAUCAAGCUCAGGAAUGGAAGCUGCGCAGAAGAAGAAGAAGUGUGAAUUCAGCUCCUGCCUUUCAGCUUCCCAACUACCAAGUGUCUGUCCCCGAGAACGAGCCGGCAGGCACACACGUCAUCACGCUCAAAGCUGUGGACACGGACAGCGGGGAAGCUGGCAGGGUAGAGUACAGCAUGGAGGCUUUGUUUGAUAGCCGGUCCAAUGACUUCUUCCGGAUCGACCUUCAGACGGGUAGCAUCGAAACCGAGCAGCCCCUGAACAGGGAGUUCAAGGACACCCAUGUGUUUAAAGUAACAGCCACCGACUUUGGCACCCCUCGGCGUUCUGCUACGUCGUACCUCACCGUCACGGUCAAAGACACCAAUGACCACGGCCCGGUUUUUGAGCAGACCGAAUACAGGGUCAGCAUUCGGGAGAACGUUGAAGUUGGCUUUGAGGUGAUGACGGUGAGGGCCACCGACGAAGACGCGCCUUCCAACGCCAACAUGAUCUAUAAAAUUGUGAACGGCGAUGGCGUGAAUUCCAUCUUUGAGAUUGACUCGCGGAAUGGACUCGUGAGGGUCAGAGUCCGUCCCGAUAGAGAGACCUUGGCGCAAUAUAUGCUCAUCGUAGAGGCAAACGACCAAGGGAAGGACCCAGGACCCCGCAGUGCGACAGCUACAGUUCAUAUAACUGUAGAAGAUGAGAAUGAUAACUCUCCUCAGUUUAGUGAGAAGAGAUAUGUGGUCCAGGUGCCUGAGAAUGUGCCUGUCAACACCCGAGUGGCUCAGGUCAAAGCCACGGACAAAGACGAGGGCAACAACGCCAAAGUUCAUUACAGUAUAAUCAAAGGCAAUGUGAAAGGCCAGUUCUACAUUCACUCUCUGACUGGUGUCAUUGAUGUUAUAAACCCCCUGGAUUAUGAAACACACAGGGACUAUAGUCUCGGUAUUAAGGCCCAGGAUGGAGGCAGACCCCCUCUUAUUAACAGCACUGGACUAGUCAUUGUGCAAGUCAUUGAUAUAAAUGACAAUGCGCCUAUGUUCGUAAGCACUCCUUUCCAGGCGACCAUUUUGGAGAGCGUACCCAUUGGGUAUUCAGUCAUUCAUAUCCAGGCCAUUGACUCAGACUCUGGUGAAAAUGCCCGCUUGGAUUAUCGUCUCACAGACACCUCCCCAGGUUUCCCCUUCACCAUCAACAAUAGCACGGGCUGGAUUACAGCCAGUGCUGCACUGGACAGAGAAACCACAGAGUAUUACACCUUUGGUGUGGAAGCCAGGGACAACGGGAUCCCUGUGAUGUCCUCUUCUGCUAGCGUUAGUAUAACAGUGCUGGAUGUGAAUGACAAUGCACCCACGUUUACUGAGAAGAUCUACUCUCUGAAAAUUAACGAAGAUGCUGUGGUGGGGAGCAGCGUGUUGACAGUGACAGCUGUGGACCAGGACAUCAAUAGCGUAGUGACCUACCAGAUAUCCAGUGGCAACACCCGGAACAGGUUUGCUAUCACCAGUCAAAGUGGAGGUGGUCUCAUCACACUUGCAUUGCCUUUGGAUUACAAGCAGGAACGACAGUACGUUCUGACUAUCACCGCUUCAGACGGCACACUUUACGACACAGCACAGGUCUUCAUCAACGUCACCGAUGCCAACACACACAGACCCGUGUUUCAGAGCGCCAACUACCAGGUACUGUUCAGUGAGGACAAGCCUAUUGGGUCCACCGUUGUGGUAAUCAGUGCUACAGAUGAAGACACGGGUGAGAAUGCGCGUAUAACAUACAUCAUGGAAGACAAAGUCCCGCAGUUUGCGAUCGACUCAGACACAGGUGCCAUCACCACACAGAUGGAGAUCGAUUAUGAAGACCAGGCCUCCUACACUCUGGCUAUUAUCGCUCAUGACAACGGCAUCCCCCAGAAGUCAGACACAACUUAUGUGGAGAUCAUCGUUGAGGAUGCCAACGAUAACGUCCCUCAGUUUAGCCGAGAGAAGUACCAGGGUACAGUGUUCGAAGAUGCACCUCAGUUCACCAGCGUCCUCCAGAUCUCCGCCUCAGACAAGGAUUCUGGAUCUAAUGGGAGGGUAAGCUACACCUUCCUGGGUGGUGAUGAUGGAGAAGGAGACUUUUUUAUUGAACAGUUUUCAGGAAUCAUCAGAACGAACCGGAAACUGGACAGGGAAAACAUUCCAGUCUACAACCUAAAAGCCUAUGCAGUAGAUAGAGGAAUUCCUCCCCUCAAAGCAGCAGUGGAGAUCCAGGUGUCUGUGCUAGACAUUAACGACAACGCGCCCGUGUUUGAGGAGGAUGAGCUGUAUAUCGAUGUCAAGGAAAACAGCCCGAUAGAUUCUGUGGUGGCACGGAUAACUGCCAAAGACCCAGAUGAAGGAACUAACGCUCAAAUCAUGUACCAAAUAGUGGAAGGAAACAUCCCCGAGGUAUUCGACUUGGAUAUCUUUACUGGAGAUCUAAAAGCGCUCACGGAUUUAGACUACGAGACAAAGACAGAGUACGUUAUAGUAGUACAGGCCACGUCUGCCCCGCUAGUCAGCAGGGCGACUGUCCACAUCCGUUUGGUCGAUGUCAACGACAACGAGCCCGUCCUGCAGAAUUUUGAGAUUAUCUUUAAUAACUAUAUCACUAAUAAAUCCAACAGUUUUCCUGCUGGGGUUAUAGGGAAGGUACCAGCGCAUGACCCGGACGUGUCCGAUAAACUUAAGUAUAGCUUUGUGGAAGGGAAUGACUUAAGUCUGCUCAUUCUAAAUCCGGAUACCGGAGAGCUAAAACUUAGCCGAGACCUGGACAAUAACAGACCACUGGAGGCCGCCAUGAAAGUAUCUGUCACAGAUGGACUCCACCGAGUGACAGCACUCUGCACGCUCCGUGUGACCAUCAUCACAGACGACAUGCUGACUAAUAGCAUCACGGUGCGCUUGGAGAACAUGUCCCAGGAACGCUUCCUGUCGCCACUGCUGGGCCUGUUCACCGAGGGCGUGGCCGCUGUUCUGUCAACCAGCCGUGACGGUGUCUUCAUCUUUAACGUGCAGAAUGACAGCGAUGUCAGUGGCAGCAUUCUCAAUGUAACCUUUUCUGCCCUGCUUCCUGGUGGCACCCCCGGCCGCUACUUUCCCUCGGAGGAGCUUCAGGAGCAAAUCUACCUGAACCGCACUCUGCUGCGCCACAUCUCGAGCCAGAGCGUGCUGCCCUUUGAUGACAACAUCUGCCUGCGCGAACCCUGUGAGAACUACAUGAAGUGCGUAUCAGUGCUGAAGUUUGACAGCUCGCCGCCAUUCAUCGCCUCCGACACCAUGUUGUUUCGACCCAUCCACCCAAUCAAUGGGCUGCGGUGUCGCUGCCCGGCUGGUUUCACAGGAGACUACUGCGAGACAGAGAUCGACCUGUGCUACUCAGGGCCAUGUCGCAACAACGGCCGCUGCAGGAGUCGAGAAGGUGGCUACACCUGCGAGUGUCUGGAGGACUUCACUGGUGAGCACUGUGAGGUCAAUGCCCGCUCGGGCCGCUGCAUCCCAGGCGUAUGUAAGAACGGAGGGAAGUGUGUGGACCUGCUGGUGGGCGGCUUCGUCUGCCAGUGUCCAUCCGGCGAGUACGAGAAGCCCUACUGUGAGAUGACCACGCGCAGUUUCCCAGGACAGUCCUUUAUCACCUUCCGGGGCCUGAGGCAGAGGUUCCACUUCACCGUCUCUUUUAUGUUUGCUACACGAGAGAGAAACGCCCUGCUUCUUUACAACGGCCGCUUUAACGAGAAGCACGACUUCAUCGCUGUGGAGAUUAUCGAGGAGCAGAUCCAGCUCACUUUCUCAGCAGGAGAGUCUAAAACGACUGUGGCACCCUCUGUACCAGGUGGAGUUAGUGAUGGCCAGUGGCACUCUGUUCAACUCCACUACUACAACAAGGACAGCCUGCACCUGCUGGACGCCAGUGGGGUGCUGCGUGUCCCGCUCUAUACAGCCUGGCUGGAGCUCACCCAUAAGGAGCCUAACAUCGGGCGCCUGGGGGUCCCGAAUGGUCCUUCGGGGGAGAAGGUGGCGGUGGUAGCAGUGGAUGACUGUGAUAUUGCCAUGGCAGUGCGCUUUGGGAGUCAAAUCGGGAACUACUCCUGCGCAGCACAGGGCACACAGACGGGCCAAAAGAAGUCAUUGGACCUGACCGGCCCUCUGCUGCUGGGUGGUGUCCCCAACCUACCGGAGGAUUUCCCUGUGAGAAACCGAGACUUUGUGGGCUGCAUGAGGAACUUAACCAUCGACAGCAAGCCCACAGACAUGGCCAACUUCAUCGCCAAUAACGGCACCACAGCAGGCUGUCCCGCAAAGAGGAAUUUUUGCAAAGAGGGCCUGUGUCAGUACGGAGGUCAGUGUGAGAACAAGUGGAACACCUACUCCUGCGACUGUCCUAAUGGCCGCGGAGGCAAGAACUGUGAACAAAUGAUGCCCUCACCACAAUACUUUGACGGACAUGCCAUGGUGUCAUGGAGCGAUCACGAUAUCACUGUAGCGGUGCCCUGGUACAUCGGCUUGAUGUUCCGAACUAGACAGAGCAGCACCACUGCCACCUUAAUGCAGGCCAACGCUGGCCCUGCUUCCCAAAUCAAUCUGCAAGUGGUGAACAGGCAGGUGCAGAUGGUGGUGUUGCUGCGGGCGGAGCGUGUUGCGCUGCUCGAGUUUCCCGAGGUCAGAGUGAAUGACGGAGAGUGGCACCACCUUCUCGUGGAGAUCACCAGCAGCAAAGAAGGCAAAGACACCAAGUACUUGGCCCAAGUGUCUCUCGAUUAUGACAUGUUUAAGAGGUCAGUGGAAAUCGGUAACGAGCUCCCGGGACUGAAGAUAAGGAGUUUGUACAUUGGGGGCCUUCAGGGUGAAAACAACAACGUCCUGCAGGGCUUUCAGGGCUGCAUACAGGGUGUGAGGAUGGGAGAGACCUCGACCAACACAGGCAACGUCAACAUGCAGCAAGGUCUGAAGAUCCGCGUAGAGGAGGGCUGUGACCUUGCCGACCCCUGCGAUUCCAACAUCUGUCCUGAGAACAGCCACUGCAUGGACGAGUGGAGCGCGCACACCUGUGUUUGUGACCCCGGCUUUUUCGGGAAAGAGUGCGUACACGCUUGCAAGCUGAACCCAUGUGAGCAUGUGUCCACCUGUAUGCAGAAGCCGAGCUCGUCUCACGGCUACACAUGCGAGUGCGGUCAGAACUACUACGGCCAGUACUGUGAGAACAAGAUGGAGAAACCAUGUCCAAAAGGCUGGUGGGGAAGCCCAGUGUGUGGCCCAUGCAACUGUGAUGUCAGCAAAGGCUUUAACCCGGACUGCAACAAGACCACUGGAGAGUGUCGCUGCAAGGAUAACUACUACCGCCCCAAAGACAGCGACACCUGUUACCCAUGUGACUGCUUCUUCCCUGGUGCUAGCUCCCGAACCUGUGACCCACAGACUGGCCAGUGCCCGUGCAAGGCUGGUGUGAUUGGGCGACAGUGCAACCUAUGUGAUAACCCCUUUGCUGAAGUGACCAACACCGGCUGUGAGGUUGUUUACGAAGGCUGCCCCAAGGCUUUCGAUGCUGGAAUCUGGUGGCCAAGAACCAGUUUUGGCCGUCCAGUUGCUAUGAACUGUCCUAAGGGAUCUAUUGGCACCGCCGUGAGACACUGCAACGAUGAGAAAGGCUGGCUGCCUGCUGAGCUCUUCAACUGCACCACCAUCACCUUCUCCCAGCUCAAGAAACUGAACGACGAGAUGCAUCGCAACGAGUCCCAAAUGGAUGGAGAGAAAUCUAAGGACAUUGCUCUCAUGCUCUAUAAUGCUACCAGCCAGACCGAAUCUUUCUAUGGCAACGAUGUGAAGACGGCAUUCCAGCUGAUCUCCCGUGUUCUGCAGUUCGAGAGCCAACAGCAGGGCUUUGACCUCGCGGCUAUGCGUGACGCCUCCUUCAACGAGAACAUCGUAAAGGCAGGCAGUGCCAUCUUGGACCCCAGCAAUAAGGAGCACUGGGAUCACAUCCAGAGGACUGAUGGUGGGACAGCACACCUGCUCAGUCAUUUUGAGGAUUACACCACCACUGUGGCUCGCAACAUGAGGAAGACCUACCUGAAACCCUUCAUCAUCGUAACAGACAAUAUGAUUAUGGCAGUGGAUUAUCUGGACUUUUCCACUCCAGAUGAUGUAAAGAUGCCACCUUUCCAAAAGAUUAAAGAGGAAUAUCCCAAAGACCUGCAGUCCUCAGUCCUGUUUCCGGAGUUUACAGUGAAAUCCUCUCAGAACAGGGUCGUUCCAACCGAUGAGCCAGCAUCUCAGACCCAGUCUACUGAGGAAGACCAUACUCAGGAUGAGAGGAGGAAGAGGGAAGCUGAAAGCCCUCCUCAGUUCCCUGUGGCUGCUGUUAUCGUGUACCGAACACUGGGGCAGCUGCUGCCUGAGCACUAUGACCCUGAUCGACGCAGCCUCAGGCUUCCCAAUCGGCCCACCAUCAACACACCCAUCAUCAGCACUACAGUGCACAGUGAAGGCCAACCUCUGUCCAUGCCGCUGGAACAGCCCAUCACACUCGACUACACUCUGCUGGAGACAGAGGAGAGGUCCAAGCCUGUGUGUGUGUUCUGGAACCACUCCAUCACGAUUGGAGGGACGGGAGGUUGGUCUUCGAAAGGCUGUGAGCUCACCUUCAGAAACAAAACCCAUAUUAGCUGCCAGUGCAACCAUAUGACCAGUUUCGCCGUGCUCAUGGACAUCUCCAAAAGAGAGCAUGGAGAUGUGUUGCCACUAAAGAUAGUCACAUAUGCCACAGUUUCUGCCUCAUUGCUGGCUUUGCUGAUCACCUUCAUCCUGCUGGCCAUCCUGCAGAAGCUCCGCUCCAACCUGCACAGCAUCCACAAGAACCUUGUGGCAGCGCUCUUCUUCUCCGAGCUCGUCUUCCUCAUCGGCAUUAACCAGACAGACAACCCGUUUGUGUGUACAGUGAUUGCAAUCCUGCUGCACUUCUUCUACAUGUGCACAUUUGCCUGGAUGUUUGUGGAAGGCCUGCACAUUUACCGCAUGCUCACAGAGAUGCGCAACAUCAACCACGGUCACAUGCGCUUUUACUAUGCCAUCGGGUGGGGCAUCCCUGCUAUCAUCACAGGUCUAGCUGUUGGGUUAGAUCCACAGGGCUAUGGCAACCCAGAUUUUUGCUGGCUAUCAGUCCAUGACACACUGAUCUGGAGCUUCGCUGGGCCCAUCGCCGUUGUCGUGCUGGUGAACAUAGUGAUUUUCGUGCUGGCGGCCAAGGCAUCGUGCGGACGCAGGCGCAGAAGCUUCGAGAAGUCUGGAGCCAUUCCUGCACUGCGGAUGGCCUUCCUGCUCUUGCUGCUCAUCAGUGCUACCUGGCUGUUGGGCCUCAUGGCUGUUAACAGUGAUGUCAUGCUCUUCCACUACCUGUUUGCCAUUUUCAGCUGUUUACAGGGCAUUUUCAUUUUCCUUUUCCACUGUGUGUUAAGUAAAGAAGUGAGAAAGAAUCUGAAGCUGGUGUUCACAGGGAAGAAGCCAGUGCCAGAAGAGUCGACUACGACGCGUGCUUCUCUGCUGACUCGCUCUCUGAACUGCAACAACACAUACACAGAGGAUGGCACAAUCUUCCGCUCAGCAAUCGGAGAGUCCACCGUGUCUCUGGAGAGCACCAUCAGGUCAGCCAAGAGCCACAGCGGCUACCUCGCUUACUCUUUCAGAGAUGACCAGAAGCCCAGUGUCUCCACAGGAACAGCUAAAGCUGGACACGCAGACCUUGAUGGCUCGUUGUUCCACCGCAACGGCACUAAGGCAGACGACUCGGACUCGGACAGCGAGCUUUCUGCGGAUGAGCACAGCAGCUCCUACGCCUCGUCCCACUCCUCCGACAGUGAGGAUGAUGAUGAUGAUGAAGUCCACAUGAAGCCCAAGUGGAACAACGAGCGGCAGCCACUACACAGCACUCCAAAAGUGGACUCAGUGGCGAAUCACAUGAAGCCUUACUGGCCCGCUGAGGCCGCAACAGCGAGUGACAGUGAGGAGGCAGGAGGGGCGGAGAGGCUGAGGGUGGAGACUAAAGUGAAUGUGGAGCUCCAUCAGGAGAACAAGCUGAACCACAUAGGAGAAUCACUGCAGGAUAAGGACUCCACAAGCAAAGAUGGAGGAACUACCAACCAGACAAACAGCAACCACCAGCCAGAACAGAGGAAGGGCAUUCUGAAGAACAAGAUCACAUAUCCUCCACCACUUUCAGACAAGAACAUGAAGAACAAACUGAGAGAGAAACUUUCAGACUACAACCCUCCUACCAUCUCCUCACGCACGCCGUCUGUAACUUCCAAUGACGGAGUUAACAGUCACAACGUCCUCAUCAAAACCCCCCACCGUGUCCUGCCUUCCAGAGAGCUGCAGAACGGAGUGGUGCUGAACAUCAACGGCGGCAACCAGUCAGACUCCGACGGCAGUAACGAAACCUCAAUCUGACCCAGCAGGAAGCCAGAGGAGUCUCUCCCUGCGUAACAGCAGCUGUCCUCAUGAUAGAGAUGAGAAGAGGAGCGGAGAGAAGGAUGACAUGCUUUAUGGACCACCUGGCCUCUCUUUCCUGACCUCUUUAUCUCCUACACUCCAGUGGAGAACAGUAUUACUGCAGACUUCUGCCUGCGUGGGACAGAAAUAUAAAUGAUAAGAAGGGAAUGUAUGAAACUGAGCUCGAGGGGGAUACGCACCGUGCCAAACUGCUGCAAGAACUGGAAACUACAUCCCCCAUAAUGCAUAAUAGAGCUGUGUGUAACAAGUGAUUCGAGCUGAAAACUGCAGGAUGUGAUAAAGGAUGUUAUCACUAGUACUUAUUGGAACUGAAUGAGUGGGAAAGAGUCACAUGAGACCUGUGUGAUAAAAAAAGACAUUUUAAUUAAUGCAAAUAUGAGCUGCAUUUUUCACCAAGUGCCCUAGUUUGUUCGUCUGUCCUCCGAGAGGAGUUUCUUUUUUUUUUUUUUGUAAUUAUGUAGAUACUGGUGAAAUGACUAUUUUGUAUAUGGACUGUUUCUUGUGAGUUUUCAGGCACAUUUUUAUACUGAUUUUUUUUUUUUUUUUUUAAAGAUAACAUACAAGUCUAGAGAUUAUCCUGUGCAAAAUCACAAAGCUGUGAUCUGUACUCAAUUCAAAUUAACAAAGUUAACUUUUGGGUCACUCUGGUGCCUUAGAGUAGAUUACAAGAUGGCACACUUCAUUUCACCGUCUUCCGGCGCACACUUCCCUCAAUAAAUAAAAAAGAAAGAUGCGAUAUUUUUUUUUUUAUAAAAGAGUAAAUUAUGAAAUGUGAAGAGGUUAUAAGUACUCUGUGAUUUCUUAAAAUGAAAAAUGAAUGUUGUUUGCCAUGUUUUUUUUUUUUAGGAAACCUUUUACCUGAGCAUGAGAGGACUGCAAUAUAAGAAAACACUGUGCUCUUAGUGCUGGCUUUCUGUUUGUUUCCCAUUCUGUCAUAACCACUCCAGUGUUUGAACCUGUCCCGAACAAAAUGUCGCUUAUGUUUUCACACUUUUCCAUUAGACACUGGAAUUCUUGUAAAAUGUGUAUAUUUAUUUUAUAUGGUUUUGAGACACUGGACGAUGAUUGCAGCUAUAAAAUUAAAACUUAUUUGGAAUUUUC